AUGCAAAGGGAGACAUAUCCAGAGCAUGAAUUGAUAGCCCAAUUUCUCAAAGACAAUAACUACCACCAAACAUUAGCCGAAUUUGAGAAAGAGCAUGGAAAACCCAUAACUCGACGACUUUUGAACAAUUCGGAAACGCUAUCUCAUAUCAUUGAAGACAGGCUACAGUAUAACUCUAUAAAUGAAAAAUUGAAAAACAGCUGCAUCAAUGAAGAGCUUCCAGAAAAUUUGGAGAAAAUUGCCAAAACAAGAUUUGCGUCAUGGCCGCUGCCGUGUCCUCGUGUUCCGCACUUAUUGAGAAUGCAACUGUUGAUCCUUUCGAGUUGCUAUGAUAAACAUCAUGAGGUGGUAUACUUUACGACUAACGAUUCUCACAUUUUUAUAAAGCAAGGUGAAGAUGAGGAGUUGGUUAAAUUUAAAUCUCCCGAGAUCAUUAGAAAGGUGAUGGUAAUAGAUGAUGAUGCUGGGGUUGUGAUGUUAGGUAUGAGUGGAACCUUGUAUUUGAAAGAGUCGGUAACUUUAGUUGGCAUUUCCAGCAUUAAAACAGACUUUAGAUUUGUUGUUGAUGCCCAAUAUAUCAAAUUCAAUGAAAAAAACUACAUUGUUGUAUUGGCCUGGAACGGAACCGUAAAGUUGAUUACACUAAAACAACAAGAGUUUCAACUUGUAUCUGAAAUGAAGUUGAGCCAGCAAAGUACUUGUUUUGCUUUAACUGUAUACCAAAAUGAACUCAUAUUGGUAUUGGGUAAGCUAGAAAGUACCUUGUUAGAAGUAUACACAUUGAAAGGUGAAGCUUUUUCACCAAGUUACAAAAUUUCCAUAAAUGAUGCGGAAUUUACAGUCUCUAGCUUCAUGCCGAGGUGUAUGAUUAUAUCUCAGUCAUUGCCAUCAUCAAUUGAUGAAGUUCCAUUAAUCGCGGUAGCGACAUCUCAUGAGCCCUAUAUGAGAAUAAUUAUUGUGUCACUAGAAGAGUUCCAAAAUAGAAAAAAUUGCGCUUUCUCCAUCUCCAGGCUCCAAAUCAUUAGAAACCUGAAAACUACUUCACCUCAGGACAAAUUUUCGCAGCCAAUCAUCUCUUGGCGUUUAGGGUCAAGAACGCAACUUGAGGAAAACCAGAAUAGGAUAUUUGGAUUGUGGAUUAUGGGUGAUGAUGGUGUUAUCAGAGGAUUGGAUGUAGUUGACAACAAAGUCGUUAUCGAGUUGAAGGAAACGGAGGGAGCAAAGGAGGAGAAGGAAAAAAAGGGCCACACGGGCCACAAUGGGAGAAUAAAAAAUUUUAUAUCCUAUAUAGAUUCAAAUGGUGAGGAGAUCUUACUUAGCGCAGGUGUGGAUAAACGAGUAAUUUUGUGGAGAGUAGACUAG